UGUCAAUGGUAGCUAGGCAACUUUGUUUUGUUUUACAACUUUUGCUUCUGGGAGUUUGGUAUUGUUUGGUUUUGAUAAAAAAACUAAAAGUAAAAUUGUUUACCACAAAAAAUAUUUAAAACGAUGGAUCAAUUUAUUUAGCUAAGAUAGUUUUGUUUAUCGAUAAACAUCUAAUCUAAACAUGUCUGCACCAAAGCUACUAUACACUAUAGAGCAGCCUCAUGGCUUGGGGGAGUUGUACUUCGUUUGGCAAAAGGGAGAGGGGCGGUCUCUGUUGGCUACCACCGGCACUGAUGCUACUGUGGCUAUCCACGACAGAACCGGAAAAUUGCAGGAAAGAAUAAAAUUGCAAGGUUUAUGUGCAGGAAUAGAAUGGGACAAUGAUGGUGAUAUCCUAGCUGUUAUAACACCAAACAGCAAUUCAGUAUUGCUGUGGGAAUGCCAUACAAACAAGCGUCUGACAAUAGAGACGGGACUGCGGGAGCCACCCUCAUGCAUUGCCUGGGCCUACGGCGAGCCACUAAUGGCUGUGGGUACACAGAAAGGGAAUCUUGCAUUGUAUAAUCAUCACACUACUAAACGAAUACCAAUAAUAGGGAAGCACACAAAGAAGAUAACCUGCGCUGCAUGGAACAAGGACAGCAUACUUGUGCUGGCGUCAGAGGACAAAACGCUGUCCAUCAACAAUGUGGACGGGGACACGCUGCGGGUCAUCACGCUGCGGGACCUGCCCAACGACCUGCAGUUCUCCGAGAUGAAGACCGAUGAGCGGGUGUCAGGGGAAAAUACUAUAAGCCUAGUAGUAGGCAAGCGGACCCUCUACCUCUACAACCUUCUGAACCCCGAGAACCCGAUAGAAUUGGCGUUCCAACAGAGAUAUGGCUCCAUUGUGUCAUACAAGUGGUAUGGAGACGGAUACAUACUGAUCGGCUUCAGUGCCGGAUACAUUAUUGCAAUUUCCACCCAUAUUAAGGAGGUUGGAGAAGAGCUAUUUCAAGUGAAGAACCACAAGGACGCUCUGUCGGACGUGGCGGUUUGCGACGGACUGGCGGCGACGUGUGGGGAUGGACAACUGAAGUUGAUAUCUCUGUGGAACAACGGCGAGGUGUCGGGCUCAGUGGCGCCCCCCGGCGGCGCCGAGCGCUGCGGGUUCAGCACCGACGGCCGCCUACUAGCCACGGCGGGGCGCGCCUACCUCUCCGCUUACGUCACAGCCCUCCCCGCGCUAUACGGCGUGUACGGCACUCGCGCCGUCACUCUGACGUCACUGACGGAGGCCACGGUGCACCAGUGUAUAGGGGUGCCGGAUGGGGCGCAGGAUAUUGUGCAUGCGGAGCCCACGGCUCUAGCCUCCUACACUCUGCCAGUAGAGCCCACCGCGCUGGCUCUAGGCUCUACCCAUGUCUGCGCGGCGGCGGGUGCUCUGGCCUGGUUCCUGCGGCUGGGCGGCGGCGGCGGCGCCACGAGGCGGUACCCGGGAGUGGUUACUAGUCUAGUGGCUAAUGAGUAUGUGGCUGCGCUGUUUGAUGGCCGGGUUCUGUUGCACGAGAUAGAGCACACGGACACAUCACGGCCGGAGCGGGCCCAGCUGUUUCCCGAACCACACAUGCAGGGAGCCAACAUCGUCGCCGCGCACCUCACUGCCGACUUCUUCAUAUUCGCUACUGAUCACGGCCACAUAGAAUACUUCUCUCUCGACGAGUGGCGUUCAGCGACCCGCUACAAACACUCGAGCAACAUCACCUCCCUGCACUGCGACAUCGGAGGGACUCGCGCCUUCUUCACCGACGACAAACACCGGGCUUAUAUCUACAGCCCCGCGUAUGACGAGAUAUGUCCCGUGGACAAUGUGCCUGCGCAUUUCAAAGGAGUAAUCUGGGACAUAUGCCUAUCCGAGCGCAACGUGCUAGCCAUCUACACGGACACAUCCAUCCACACGUACCACUACUCACCGCACGGCGUGAGUGGCCCGCGCGUGGCCGCCGUGGCCGCCACGCCGCUGCCCGCCGCGCACGCGCCGCUCAUACUGUCCGCUGGCACUGUUUACUGCGGGAGUAACUCCGGUAGCAUAACAAAAUUGGCCCUAGAAUCACACAACACGGCUGGUUUGGCCGAUGCCGACCCCGACAAGCGAACAGCCAAUCAGAAGAAACACAUUGAGAAGUUACUGCUACUCUGUCGUUUCCACGAAGCGCGUCUAUUCUGUGACGCGUUGGAGGACGAGGAAAUGUGGCGGAAACUGGGCGAGGCGGCCAUAAUGCAGCUGCAGCAUGAGUUUGCCGUAAGUGUGUACACUAAACUGAACGACGUGGCCAUGGUGUGGGCGCUAGAGGACGCGGCCGACAUCGAAGACAUGCCUACACUGUGCGCAAUGCUAAGCGCGUGCCUCGGCCUAGGCGACGCAGCGUCCCGCUGGGCGGCGACACGGCCGGCGGCGGCGCUACAACUGGCGCUCGCGCGCGGGCGCUGGCUCGACGCCGCGCAGCUCGCCGCCGCCGCCGCGCCCGAGCGCGCCCGCAGACUGCAGUACACGCAUGCCGCCCAUUUGGAGCUUACAGCUGACUACCACGAGGCACUAGCCAAGUACGAGAAAAGCCUCAUGCCGGAAGACCCAGAAGACCCUCAAGUAAAGGCGCACAACGACAACUGUGAAGCUGGGAUCGCCAGGAUGUCCAUACGAUGCGGCGACGCCAUGAGAGGAAUCACCUUAGCCAUGAAACAUUCCACCAACAAGACCCUACUCAAAGACUGCGCGGAAUUACUAGAAGAGGAGAAACAAUACAGCCACGCGGCGACGUUGUACGACCACGCAGGCAACACAGAAAAAGCCGCGUCGCUUUACAUCAAACUAAAGUCUUGGCUGAAAGUGGAAGCGUUGCUUCCCAAGAUUAAUUCACCAAGUAUACACUUGCAGUACGCUAAAGCGAAAGAAGCGGAGGGCAGAUACGCGGAUGCGAUGAAGUCUUACUUAAAAGCUCAAGAUUACGAAGCGGCUAUCAGACUUAACUUGGAGAAGUUGGACGAUAUAGAUGAAGCGGUCACUUUGGUGCAGGAAACGAAAUCCGUGCAAGGAGCUAAGAUGGUUGCCAACUAUUUCCAGAACAGCGACGAUCCAACGUCCGCCAUCAAGUUCCUAGUCAUGUCUUUGUGUUACGAUGACGCUUUUCAGCUAGCGCGAAAGAUAGGGAAGCUGCAGUUGUUUGGUGAGAUUUUGAUUCAGACGUCGCAAGCGCGGCCAGAAGACUUUCGCAGUUUGGCGUUGCAUUUUGAAGGGGAGAAGAAUCAUUUAUUGGCCGGCAAGUUCUUCUUCCAUGCGGGGGAGUAUUCUAAAGCGAUGGGUCACUUGUUGAAGGCGGGCGCGGCGGAGGAGGAUGACAACGAGGCGAUCAGCGUCGCCAUCGACGCCGCCGCCGCCAGUGAUGACGAAAGGUUGACUAGACGCCUGAUAGAAUACCUGCUGGGAGAGACCGACGGGGCGCCGCGGGAGCCGCGCCACCUGUUCCGCCUGUACAUGGCCAAGAAGCAGUACGCGGAGGCCGCCAAGACUGCCGUGAUCAUAGCGCGUUCGGAGUGCGCCGCGGGGCGCUACCGCGAGGCGCGCGACGUGUUACGCGCCGCCAGCGUGAGCAUGCGGCCCGCGCCGCGCGACGUGGCCGCGUGCCUCGCCGCGCUGCACUGCUACAUACUGGUCCGUUCGCACGUGCGGCGCGCGCGGCACGAGCUGGCCGCGGAGCUGCUCUCGCGUCUUGCCGAGGAUAUACACUUCUUCCCCACGCUGCAACACCAAGUGUCAAUCCUGACGUCAGCGGUGAUCGAGUGCAACCGCGCGGGGCUGCGGCGCGAGGCGCAGCGCUGGGCGCGCGCGCUCAUGCAGCCGCAAUACCGACCACAUAUCGACCCUAAAUACGUGAAGAAGAUCGAGUACGUGGUCCGUCACGGGGCGGGCGGCGCGGCGCCGGCGCGGGACGCCCCCUGCCCGCGCUGCGCCGCGCCCACCCCCGUCGCCGCGCUCACUUGCGGGAACUGCCAGCAGAUGCUGCCCUUCUGUGUGGCUACGGGCCUGCACAUAGUGAAGGAGGACCUGACUGCGUGUCCCGAGUGCGACUUCCCGGCGAUCAUGACCGAGUUCACAGAACUCCUGAAAGAAGACGGCAAGUGUCCAAUGUGCGGAGAGAAUGUCGACUACCGAAGGUUGGUCAAGAUCGACGACGCCACGCCAUAUCUAGACGUUAACCCAAGUGAAUAGAGUCCACAAUGCUGUACCUGAUGAUGUGUUUAUCAACGAUAUGUGAUUAUAUCCGUCCUUAGUUUAGUGUACAUUAUAAAGAUAAUUUUAAUCUAAGACCGUAUGUAUGUAUUUUAUAAUUUAUGAAGUAUUAGAUAAAAUUGAUGCAUUUAUUAGUUAGAUAAGAUUCACGUGUUUUGCAACAUAGAACUCAAGUAUUAUGUUGGAUAAGACAUCGAUUACAAGGAAAUCAUAAUCAAAUAAUUGUUUUUCUAAACAAACAUUUCAACUAAUAAAAGCUGGUUC